CAGGCCCAUCUGCCAAUCAAUCUUUGCUGCGGAUUUCCCAGCCGGAGCGGCGGGCCAGCGUGUAAAUCAUUCAGAGCCCUCUCUCAGCUCUGCCAGGACAUGGAGCUCUUUUUAAUUAAGAAGAAUGGAGGAUGCUGCUGGAUCUGGGAAUGGCAAUAUUAACUUACUAGUGGGCAUUUAAAGAACUGUGUUUGAGUGAUCCACUGCUGCCUUCCCUGGCCUGUGGCCUCUGCUCUUCUGCAGAGCUGCCCAGGUCCCCACAAAGUCUCUGCUAUCCUCUCCAUUAGAAGGGGUGGAGGAUUAGCCCCCACAGAGGCCCUGUGCCCAGCCUGGUGACCCGGGACAAAUGGACGCAUUUUUGCUUUUAGAAGAAGAGCCAGAAUUGGGAGCCUCCUGUCCUGGCAGCCUGUGGGAAAGCAACAGGGACCCCAGAAAUGUCAGGCCCCAACAGGAAGCGUGAUUAGGCUUCCAGGUGAGUGCCCAAGGUCUACAAGGAGCCAGACCAAUAGCAACAGCUGCAGCUGUCACAAGGCCCCUUGUCCUGGGCUAACUCAAGGGAAUGAGAGGGGUAGCAGCAACACCUCCAGGGGCGGGACCCCAGUGACUGGACCUUGGGUAGCUGGCAGUGCCUAUGAGAGCCGGUGGGGGCAGACUUCUGUGCAUAUGCACUACCCAGAAAAAUGUGAGCAUGUCUGUUGUAGAAUCUGUUGCUUUGUCACUAGCGCUAAAUGAUUCUUUCUCUAGGGCUUCCUGCUCUGUAUGCCCUUAGAAGGAAAGAAUACUCCAGCUGGGAGAGACCUCAAACUGCUGUCUUCUUCCUCUUCCUCCCUUCCAAUUUCACAGGCACAGAAUGGAUAUGACUUGCCUGGAGGUGCAAAGCCCAGUUAGGACAAAAUGUGGGCUGGAACAGAGGUCUCCUGACUCUCAGUCCUGUGUCUUUUCUAUUUCUGGUAUCUCCCAGGGGAGGUGACACCCCAGCCUCUCAGCUCACCUCACCUCAUAUGGGUGUUUGAAUUUUCUGAUGCUCCUAGGCAGGAAAUUCUUCCCCGUUUAUAACCCAGAUCCUCAGGCUUUAAUAUAAGCCCAUUUCCUUUUACAACUUCCUCAAUAAACAUAGGAUCUUUUAGAGAAGGUUUCCCUUCCUUCUGUCACGAUUGUCUUAUGCAUUCAACAGCAGAGGAGUGUGGCUUCCCCAUUCUUUCUUCCCUAAAUUGUGCAACUCCUGAGUCUGAAAAGCAAGAUGAGCCCUUCCCCUCACUCCACCAUCCCAUGCCUGAAAUGCACUUUCCAAUGUCCCGUUUUUUGCCUAAAUAGGCAAGAAGUUGCUCACAAGUGGACAGAUGCAUUCCUUAACUGGUACCCAUUGAGUCCCUCUUGGCUCCAGACAUAAGCCAGGCUCUAGAGGAAAGGAGGAAAAGAGAACAGGGUGGGUAAUUGAAGGAAGGUAGCUAACUCAACUCUACUUAAAGCCACAUGGUCAGAAGGGGGAGCCCUACUGUCUGAAUUCUGCAGAACCCCAGAUGGCCACCCCAGGGUGCCAUGUGAACAGAUGUAGAUUAUGGUUCUGACUGCUGGCACCUGCGUCACAUCAUCUCCAAUCAAGUCCACUUGAGCCCUAAAUCCCUCCUCUGGGCCGAGGUCAGGACUGGAUGGGAGGAGGCCCCAGUGAGGCUCUCCCAUGCGGGGAGGAAUUUCUUCUUCCUUGGUCUGCGGGCAGCCUGAGCCCUAACUGGGUGAGCCAUCCUCGCUGCCCACCUCCGGAAUAUAGCUUCCAGAUGUGGAAUAACGGAGGUGAUUAUCUAAGGGAAGGUCACCAGCUGUUCUCCAGAUUAGAAUGACAUUAGGCCACAGAGGAAAAGGUUUCUGUUCUCUAGGAGGAAAGAUAUCCUGUUCAACACAGAGGCCCCAAAAUAUCUGGAAUCAGGAGGGUGUGGGCCCUAGUAAGGUGCCUACCUUGUGAGGUUGGUGUCUGCUGGUCAGGUGCACUGGCCCGAUCACACACACUCGGAGGUAUGGAAACUGGCCAUCACCAUGGGAGAGAGAAGACCUUGAUAGAGUACCUAGUACCUGCCCAAGAACUACGCCCGGCAUCUCAUGCUCCCACAACUCCAGAAAGUAGAUUUCCUUCUUCCUUUCUUCACAGACGAGAAACUGAGAUUUAGGGAGACAGUGACUUAUUCAGUCACACAGCGAGAGAGUAGCCGAGCCAGGAUUUAGUCCAAUUCCAGAGUCCACACGCUUCCCUGUUCCCACAUGAUCUGUGGGGCGUUGCAGAAAGAGAACUACAGAGAGAAAGGGAUCUCAGCCUCGGGGGGCUCCAGGUGGGUCCCUCCAGCCAGCAUAGGAGCACAGAGGGCGUUCUGGCGGCGCCCACUGACAAGAGGGUAGUUUAGUAUUUCUGUGGAGGGAGAAAGAGCUGCCACAGGAGCGAAACUCCCCUUCUCCCAAAUGUGGCCUACGCUUGGGAUUCCGCCAGUCCCUUGAAACCCUACACACAGUGACUCCGUCCAUGGUCUGCCACGGUGGGACUCUGCCUGGUUUACUGGGAAGAAGCUGCCCUCCCACCCCAACACCCGACUUCUUCAAAACCUACCAGAGUUCGGUUAAGUCAGGCGCCUGCUGAAUAGCCAAUAAAUUCAAUCGAUACUGAGUCAAAGUGUGCAUUUUACUGCAUGUCAAUUAGACCUGAAUAAACCCCAGAUGCGACUUUUUAAUAAAAUACUGAGUGAUUUUUUCUAGGGCUGAGCACCCCUCAACAAGUUUGAUUGAUGCAUCAACAUCACAAAAAUAAAGACUCCAAAGUACCAACGGCUUAAUCUUUAGAGACUUUUAUGAACUUUCCUUCCCCAUUUCCCAAUCCUCCCAAUGCCACCCUGUAAACAAGGCAAGAAGUCAAACACUUUUUAAGAAAGAGAAAUCCAGGCCUGAUGCAAAACAAGGUCUUAGAGCAAGAGGAUUUAGACUUGACGUGAGGAAGAAAUUCCUCACAGGGAAAGUAGUUACACACUUGAAUGGGGAGUGGGGUGUCGGCGGUUACUGGAUCCCAGCCUCAGCUUGGCAUUCCUUAAAGCCCCAGCUUGUUGCAGGAAGCCCAGGCAUGGAAACUGCAGGUGACUCAGAGAAUCUUAAGUGGUGGUUGCUAGGUUACAAGCUUCCUCAAUGCUUACUCAAUGUAAGAACUAAAGGAUGUCACCUGGCUGGGAGGAAGAGCCGUGGGGGAAGGAGUAGGGGGAUGGAGAGAAGCCAGGACUUCCAAAAGAAGCAACUAGGCCAUGGCCUAGAAGCCAUCCUGUUCUUAGUACUUUUCCAAGGGUCUGAAUCCCUAGAUCUCAUGGUCCUCGUGGAGGGUGGCACUUGCAGGAUGUGAGUAUUAGCAGUGUGCGGACUGGGUAAGGACAGAGCGCCUAUCCCCAGCUCCCUACGCCGCCGGGCGGGGGCUCCAGGCUCACGGGUGAUGCGCUGUCCGCGGCUCGCGCGGCGCUGCUCCGCCUGGCCGGGGCCUGGCGUGGACGCCGCGGGACCGCUGAGUCUUGAGGGACCGUGAAGCGCUGGCCGGCGUCGGGGCCCUGGCUGGGAUCCGGCGGGAGCCGGUGCACGGGAGUGAGAUGGAAGCAGCAAAGGGGAGCUUGGAGUAGCGGGCGCCUUCCCCCUACCCCAGGGCUCGCACCUCCACCCGCGCCCUAGCGCUCCGCGUGCGCUGGGGCGCGGCGGGCGGGGCUCUGGGGGCUGCCAUGGAGGUGCCCAACGUCAAGGACUUCCAGUGGAAGCGCCUGGCGCCACUACCAAGCCGCCGGGUCUACUGCUCCCUACUGGAGACCGGGGGGCAGGUCUAUGCCAUCGGGGGAUGUGACGACAAUGGCGUUCCCAUGGAUUGCUUUGAGGUCUACUCCCCCGAGGCCGACCAGUGGACCGCCCUGCCCCCCCUGCCCACAGCCAGGGCUGGGGUGGCUGUUAUCGCCCUGGGGAAGAGGAUCAUGGUGAUCGGGGGUGUGGGCACCAAUCAGCUGCCCAUGAAGGUCGUGGAGAUGUACAACAUCGAUGAGGGCAAGUGGAAGAAGAGGAGCGUGCUGCGCGAGGCCGCCAUGGGCAUUUCUGUCACUGCCAAAGAUUACCGAGUAUAUGCAGCAGGCGGGAUGGGCCUGGAUCUCCGUCCACACAACCACCUUCAACACUAUGACAUGCUCAAGGACAUGUGGGUGUCGCUUGCACCUAUGCCCACCCCGAGAUAUGCUGCCACCUCCUUCCUCCGAGGUUCCAAGAUCUAUGUGCUGGGGGGACGACAGUCCAAGUAUGCGAUCAACGCCUUCGAGGUCUUUGAUAUUGAGACGCGCUCCUGGACCAAGUUCCCCAACAUUCCCUGUAAGCGGGCCUUCUCCAGCUUUGUGACCCUAGAUGACCGCUUGUACAGCCUGGGAGGCCUGCGGCAGGGCCGGCUCUACCGGCAGCCCAAGUUCCUACGGACGAUGGAUGUGUUUGACAUGGAACAGGGGGGAUGGCUGAAGAUGGAACGCUCCUUUUUCCUCAAGAAGCGGCGGGCAGACUUUGUGGCUGGCUCUCUGAGUGGAAGGGUCAUAGUGGCUGGAGGACUUGGGAACCAACCAACUGUCCUGGAGACGGCAGAGGCGUUCCACCCAGGGAAAAACAAGUGGGAGGCCCUCCCGGCCAUGCCCACACCCCGCUGUGCCUGCUCCAGCAUUGUUAUCAAGAACUGCCUCCUGGCUGUGGGGGGUGUCAACCAGGGUCUGAGCGACGUAGUGGAAGCCCUGUGGGUCUCUGACUCCUAGCUGUCCCCGCGCCCAGCGCCUUUGCCCUGGACCAGAUCACUCGACUCUUGACAAGAGGAAUGGUCUUGUCAAAGCAGUUCGGACUACUUCCCAGAUGCCAGCUCUUGUCAGCAGCCAGUGGGGCCAGUCCCUGGGGCUCUAAGUAACCUCCCUCCACCUCCUCACCCUACUGGUCCUAGGAAACUAAGACAUCUCGAAGACUCCGCCAGCCCCAGUCAGAGUUCAGCUGACCUCUAAGGAGAGUCCUCACUUACUGCUCAUGCAGAGAAAGGCGCAGGAGUAUCCGCUACCUCCCCCUCCGCGAGUCCCACCUCUCCCCAUCGCCAGAGCAGCAGGUAGGCAGGUAGGGCGGUUCUGGUCCAGAGGACGGGCAGCUGCUGCUGUCCUUUCCCCAGCUCUCAACUAGUUCAAGGGUCUCUUAGGAUGGAAAAUGGAGAAGGAUAAGCAGGGGUUCCUAAUACCUCUCCUCUCCCUUGGUCUACAUCCCUUCCCCAUCUGGUGGUCAACUGUGGGCCUGCCCUGGAUCUUCCCUGGACACCAUCUAUCUACUCAGCAAGAAUUGGCCUUAGAGCUAGAGGUGGCUGCAUUGGAAGGGCGAUCGUGGACUGGUCCAGGUCAGCAGGCUUGGCCUGGAAGGACCCAUUGCCUUUCCAGGGUCCUUGGUGGGAAUGUGUUGCUGGGGAAGAAGCAGACUCCCAGCCUAGGCUCUGCUCCCCACUCCUCACUCCGUUUCUCCUUCUGCUACCCCUCCCCACCAGAGGCCUGGCCCUUUUGUCACCAAUAGCCCCAGAGUGUUUCUGUGUGAAACCUUCUCAUUUACACUGUGGCAUCGAAAUCCACAAAGGAUGGAUUAAUUGCACUCUGGUUAACAGCAGCAGCACAAUGAUUAAAAUCUAUAUUCCUA